UAGGGAACAGCCUAAAACCAAUCAUGUUAACGCAUAAACGAGCAGCAGCUGAUUGGAAAUCGGCCCCAACUGUGGUUAUCGAUAGCCAAGGCAGCGUUGUUGUCCAAUCAGAAAAAGUGUAGGCGCAGUGGAAUAGCAUAAAUAAAAUCCGAGAGAUCAAUGUUGAGACCGCGCAGUGUAGAACAGAGAUAACAAAUCCCACAAGCAAGAAGAAGACCUGCCAAAAAAGAGCCAGCGGAUUAAUAACAUUAUAGCACCUGAGCGUACAGAACACCCCAACGAAAUGUCGCGCAAAAUGGCCAAGUUCUACAAGUUGGACAUCAACCGCACCGAGUGGGAGAUUCCGGAGACAUACCAAAACCUGCAACCAGUGGGUCAGGGUGCCUACGGCCAGGUCUGCAAGGCCGUGGUCCGCGGAACCAGCACGAAGGUGGCCAUCAAGAAGCUGGCCAGGCCCUUCCAGUCGGCGGUCCAUGCGAAGCGCACCUACCGGGAACUGCGACUGCUGAAGCACAUGGACCACGAGAACGUGAUUGGUCUGCUGGAUGUCUUUCAUCCAGGACAGCCCGCCGAUUCUCUGGAUCAGUUCCAGCAGGUGUACAUGGUGACCCACUUGAUGGACGCCGAUCUGAACAACAUAAUUCGCACGCAAAAGCUGUCCGAUGAUCAUGUCCAGUUUCUGGUCUACCAAAUCCUGCGCGGUCUGAAGUAUAUCCACAGCGCUGGGGUCAUCCACCGCGAUCUGAAGCCUUCAAACAUUGCGGUGAACGAGGACUGUGAGCUUCGCAUCCUAGACUUUGGUUUGGCUCGUCCCGCAGAAAGCGAGAUGACCGGCUACGUGGCUACACGAUGGUACCGGGCACCUGAGAUCAUGCUCAACUGGAUGCACUAUAACCAGACGGUGGACAUCUGGUCAGUGGGCUGCAUCAUGGCCGAGCUGCUGACUGGACGCACGCUGUUCCCUGGAACCGAUCACAUCCAUCAGCUGAACCUCAUCAUGGAAGUGCUGGGCACGCCAGCUGAUGAGUUCAUGAGCCGCAUUUCCUCGGAGAGCGCUCGGAACUAUAUCCGUUCACUACCGGUGAUGCCGCGCCGCAAUUUCCGCGACAUCUUCCGCGGGGCCAACCCGCUGGCCAUCGAUUUGCUUGAGAAAAUGUUGGAAUUAGACGCCGACAAGCGCAUUACCGCCGAACAGGCGCUGGCUCAUCCGUACAUGGAGAAGUACCACGAUCCAACCGAUGAGCAGACCGCCGCGCUCUACGACCAGAGUUUCGAGGAGAACGAGCUGCCGGUGGAGAAGUGGCGGGAGAUGGUCUUUAGCGAGGUAACGGCCUUCAAACCCACAGCCGCCUUCGCUGAGCUCCUGCCCAAGGAGCAGUAA